AUGGCAUACUGUCUUAGAUUCAUUAAUAACUGCAAGACUGCAGAGAAGGUGAGAGGACGCGUCGUUCCACGGCAGACGGCGGUCAAUAUCCAGCGGAAGCAAUCCGCGGCAGUGCUCCGAGAUGGGCUGAUUGCCAGCCUGAGGGAUUACUGCGCCAACGCAUCCGUCCACGGCCUCAGAUUCCUCGUCGAUGCCGGAUAUCGCUUACCAGAGCGGGUGGCGUGGGCGGGCACCUGCUUGCUGGCCGUGCUGGGGGCGGUCGUCAUGUCGCUGGAGGUGGCGCGCCGCUUCGGCUCCAGGACCACCAUGACCGUAGUCGAGAGCACCAACUACCCCGUGUACGAGGUCGCCUACCCCGCCGUCGUCGUCUGCGACAACAACCGCGUGCACUGGGACAAGCUGCUCGACUACGAGCGCAGGCAGCUGCCAGGGCUGGACGCGGGCACGCGCGCCGUGUUCCGCAGCCUGGUGACCUCGCUGGCGCAGAUGGAGUGGGCAGACUUCGACCUGUUCACGCCCAGAGACCUCGCUAAUUACCGCGCCCUCCACACGCUGUCGCGCGUCAACUUCUCCGAUGUCAUGAGGCAGGUGAUGCCUAAGUGCGAGGAGUUUUUCCACAAUGCGUGCUACUGGCGUAGCGAGACGCGGAACUGCUGUGAUAUCUUCGAAGUCCUGUUGACCGACAUAGGAUAUUGCUUCGCAUUUAACUCCUUAUUCAACCACAUGUCAAGGACACACUCGCGGGACGGGGAGCUGCUGCCGCGUCGAGUGUCCUCCUCUGGCAAGUGGUCCGGCUUGCGCUUCGACGUCAACACCUCCUCCCUGCAGCCACCAGGGCUAAGCGUGCAGAGGGGCGUUGUGGUGUCGGUGAACGAGCCGACUGCGCUGCGGAUGGACGGUCUGAUCGUGGGCUCAGACCAAAUGGCCCUGGUGAGGGUGUCGAGCGACGUGACGUACACGACGCAGACGGUGCGAUCGCUGCUGCCGGGGGACCGAGGCUGCCUCUACAGCAACGAGAGGGACACGCUGCAGCAGGGCGCCUACUCGUACGCCAACUGCAGACUCGAGUGCUUCCGCCAGUACGCCAUCGCCACCUGCGCGUGCCUGCCCUACUUCUUCCCGCCAGCCGGCAACCACAAUACAUGUACCGCCGUUCAGUUCAAGUGCUUGUAUGAUAACAAUGAAAAACGUCAUAUCAUAUACUAA